AUGGAGGAUGUGCAUCCUAAUUGUUCUUUUGGAUGUAAUACACCUGAAACCAUAGAACAUCUCCUGAUUACUUGCCCUUAUGCCAAAUAUGUAUGGGCUUUAGAGCCAAACCCUAUUGCUAUUAACUCAGAUGAUAUAUUCUCUUUUCUAGAAAUAUGUAAAUCAGGGAUAGGGAAAGUGGAGGCUGAAAUACCCAUUGAAAUGAUUCUGACAAAAGCUUGGUUUAUUUGGAAGGAGAGAUGCAACAGAGUGUUUGAACAAAAACAACAAUCUAAUACUCAAUUAGGACUAGAAAUAAAAAGGUUUUUAGAAUUCUGGUAUAAGGGAAACAUGAACUCAAGACAGUCCUCUAAAGGUAAUCUAAGGAUACAAAACUGGUCUUUUCCUAAAAGCUCUCAGUUAAAACUUAAUAUUGAUGUUGCGUGGAUUUCCGUAGAUUUGUCUGCAGGUUUUUCUUUAAUUCUUCGAAAUGAUGCAGGAGAUUUCGAGCUUGGCAAGGCAGGAUCGUUCACAACCUCUUCCCCUGAAGAAGCGGAAGCCAUAUGGCUACUACAAGGAGCAAUCUGGGCACUCGACAAAGGCAUAUCAAACUUCACAGUGGAAGGAGAUUGUCAGAAUUUAUUUGACUACUUAAAUGGGAAAGAUUCUCAAAUAAGUUGGCAAAAUAGAUCUAUUAUGGAUGAAGUCAAAGAAAAAAUUUCUAGAUGCCAAAUUUUUUUGGGUUUUUUCCUAGUUCCUAGAACUGCAAACAAUGUGGCAGAUGUAUUAGUCAAAGAAGCUAAAUCUUUCAAGAACUUUUUAAAUAGGAGAACUAUUCCUCCUGCUUGUAUUAAGUCGGCUUUAGCAGUAGAUAAAUCAAAUGCUAGGGAUAUUUCUAACAGCUCCACAUUAGAUGGCUCUACUCAGUCUUUUGCAAGUGUAAAAGAGUCAUCAUACUUCUACUUAUAA